AUGUCAUUCUUUGGAUUUGAUCCUACAGCUCCACCUGGAGUUAAGCAGAGUGAAAAUGAAGUAUAUGAUUUUCAAGAUACUUAUGACGGUUUAGGUGAUGGUUUAGAUGAAACUGAUGAUGCUUUGAAUGACGAAACCUUUGGAGUAUCUAAUAUUGGAAAAGAUUUUAGCUUUGGUUAUGGUAAUUCUCAAUCUGAAGCUGCGUCGAAACCUAUUCAACCUAGUGUUGCUCCAGCCCAAACUGUUAGUUAUGCUCAAGCUGCAUCUCAAUCAAAUAAUGAUGAUGAAUUUAUGCAAGACUUAUGGGGGACGUCCAAUGCUCCAGUCCAUCAAGCCAAUCAGCAACAACCUGUUGCUGCUCCUUCUGGUGAGAAGAAGAUUUUGUCUUUGGAAGAAAUUGAAUCCCAAUUGACUUCAAUCGAUAAAGAGCAACACCAACAACCUCAACCGCAAGUUCCUCCUCAAGCUUACGGUUUCCCAGGACAAUUCCCACCUCCCCAAUUUGGUGGUUUCUUCCCUCCUCAAGGUGGUUUUAUGCCUCCUCCAGGUCAAUUUGGUCAAUUUCCUCCCCAAGGUAUGCCACCAAUGCCAGGUCAAUUCCCUCCUCAUGGAAUUCCUCCUCAAGCCCCUCAAAUGGUUCCUCAACCUCAAAUGCAACCAGGUAUUCCUCAAGCCCAUCAACAAAUUCCUUCUCAGGCUCCUCAACAACAGGUUCCUCAACAACAAUCUCAACAAGUGCCAGCUCAACAGCAACCAAUCAUUGCCCAAAAAGCCGUACCAGUUCAGCCAGUUAAGUCUAUUCCUCAACAAAAGGUUGAUUUAUCUCAAUUCCCUGUCUUAGGCUCUAAAGAAGCUCAAGUUGCUCCAGAGCCUGCUCAGCAACCACAACAACAACAAUUUCAACCUGUUCCACCUGUUCAACAAUCAGGCUUCCAACAGGUUCCAGACAUUGCCGGCCCAAUCCAGCAAGUACCACCACCACAACAACAACAACAACAACAGCAACAACAGCAACAACAACACUUCAAUAGCCGUAACCACCAAAGUCCAUCUCCUCAAGAUUUGACUCCUGAACAACAAGAAAAGUUGGCUAAAAGACAAGAAAAGGUUGCAAGAAUUAUGAAGUAUUCUGGUAUCAUGAAUCCAAAGGAUAAAGAUUUUGUUACUCGUUUUCAAUUAUCUCAAAUCGUUACUGAAGAUCCAUACAAUGAAGACUUUUAUGCUCAAGUUUUCAAAGUUAUCCAUCCAAAAGUUCAAGCUAACCCAAUGCAACCUCAACAACAACCUCAGCAACAACAUAAUUCUAUUGCUCAAGCUUACUUAGAUCAAAGUGGUCAUAGAUUAGGUGGACGUCAUAGAAGAGCUGAUGUUGCUUUACAAAGAAUGCAACAACAAGUUCAAAAAGCCGUUACUGUUGCUAAAGAAAGACCAAAAUUGACUCAAUAUGCAAGAGAAGGAGCUUUAGGUAAGAUUUCUUUUGGUAAUGGUAAAAAACCAAGACAACAAUUAGAAAUUUUCAGUAAGGCUGCUCAAAGAGAGCUCGAAAAACAAGAAGCCGAAAAUAAAGAAAAUAAUGAGGUUUCUAAAGGUGGUGAUGAUCUUAAAGCUGAUGAAGUUGUUUCUAAAAAGGAUAGAUCACCAUCUAUUUCUGCUCCAUCGAAACCUAUUAAGAAAUAUACCAAGAAGGAUAUUAUGAGUAUUUUGGAAAACAUCAUUACUCAUUUGAUGGCUGCUGAAAGCGAAUCAAGAUUAACCCCAAAUGUUGAUACCACUCAAUUAUGGGAAGCAUUACAUGUUUUAGAUCAAGCAUCAUCAUCCGGAGAUGAAGCUUCAUUUGUGAAUCCAUUCAUUCAAUGUUUAAAUCAUAAUAAAGCAUUGAAAAUAUUACCACGUCUUUUCAAAUUUUUAACAAGAGAACAAAUUUUAACUAUUGUUACUUUGGUUAUGUCCAAUUUAGAAAAUUUACUGGUUAUUAAGAAUGCUUCCUAUACUACUUAUGAAAAUAAAAAAGUUCCAGACUCAAUCUUAAAAUUAGUUGAAGCCUACUCUUUAACAUUUUCAAAAGUAUUGAUGAAUGCUGUUCAAGAUUUCAAGUUCAAUGAAAUCAUUGGUUUGUUGGUGAUUUUGAUUGAACAUAAUAACGUGUCAUUUGUCUCCACCACUAAAAUUGGGUUAUCAAUUUUAACUACCCUUUUAUCCCGUGCAGAAUUGAUUAGAGGUGAAGGUACUAUUUCAGCUACUGAUUUAUCGGAAUGGACCUCCUGUUAUGAUGAGUUAUUUACUUCAUUAGAAUCAAGAAUCGCAGCCAUUUUCCCUCCUCAUCCUGAAGAUAUUGAUGAUGGUUCUUCUAGAGAAAAUUACGUGUGGCAAUUUUUAGCUACUUUAUCCUUAGGUGGUAAAUUGAGUCAUCAAAGAAUCAUUGUUGAUGAAGUCAGAGAUGAAAUUUUCGGUGUCAUGAAUAGAGCCAAAGCCAUUGAUAACUCUGACUUGGCUAAUUUGUAUAAGAAACAAAACUUAUUGAAUAAUUUGAACAUGUACUUGGUUGUCAUGGGUUUGGUUGCCGAUGAAAACGAAAUUAAAGAAUUACAAUAA